AUGGCCCCUAUCCAAUUUGGCGUCCUCGCCUUUGCCUACCAAGUAGUCGACAUAGCCGGGCCCACGGAUCUUCUCAGCUCCGCCAACAAGAGCGCCCUCAAAACCAUUCAGCAAUACGGCCCUAUUGACGAGGACCUCAUUUCCCGAGCACCAGAAUUUGUGUUCCAUCAUAUUGGCGUGAGCAGAGAUCCCGUCGACCUGGGUACUAGCCAGAUGACGAUUGUCCCUACAACGACUGUGGAUGAGUGUCCCGAGCUGGAUAUCUUGCUCGUUGGAGGGCCGUACCUGGGUGCCUUUGACUUAAACCCCAAGCACGCUGAUCUGAUUCGAAGACACGUCGCUGCUGGAAAGCUCCUCUUUACAACCUGCACUGGUGCCAGCCUCGUCGCGUCCACAGGCGCCCUAGACGGGAGGAAGGCCACGGUCAACAAUAUCGAAUACGAGUGGGUGAGGAAACGCUGGCCGAAAGUCAACUGGACUCGGGAGAAGAAGUGGAUCAUCGACGGCAACAUCUGGACAGGAUCUGGCGCGAUCGCUGGGACGGACAUGGUUGCCCACUGGCUCAAGGAAAACUAUGGCCUAGAUGUGCUCAUCCAAGCUGCCGCCACCUUGGACUAUGAACCGCGAGAUGCUGAUGGUUUGUUCAACGUGUUUCCGCAGAGGUCUAGUUCGAAGGGAGAGAAGAUUUCUACUCAUGUUUUUAGAUAUUAUGAAGAGUAA